AUGACUGGACAUGUGAUUUAUAAACCUGCAUACAAAUGUACAUUAAAACCAGAUCCAGAAUUCCAAAGAUUCAACACUGCUAAAGAAAAUUUAGGGGUUUAUUUCAGAUUUAAACCAAGAUCAGCCUUGGUUAAUGUGAUAUUUAUGGGAUUAGUUCCAGGUGCUUUAGCUUAUUUAGCUUAUAAUACUGAAGGUCAAUUAUCAUUUAAUAGAAGAUUUAGAAAAGAUACUGUUUUAGAAGCUGAUUCUUAUGUUCCAAGAACUAAAGAUUUAGAUAAUUAA